AUGGAGCAUGAUGAGGCAUCUCGUCCUAGGUCUCCACGCAGUGUGAUUGACCCUGGGCCAGUAGACUGUACUCUUUUGACUCUUCAGGAUAAACAUAUAUCCACACAUGUGAGGAACACCUGUGAGGACCCGAAUGUCCAGGAUCGUGUGAUUAAUGUGCGACAUGUUGCGACGCAUAAUCACCUUGACAUUUCCGAGGAGAUUCAACCAUGGCUGAUGCAGGCUGGGUUUUACCAUAUUAUGCGUUUGCGCAACCAUGAGAUAGACCAUGCACUUGUGUCUGCGCUUGUCGAGCGAUGGCGCCCAGAGACACGGACAUUUCAUAUGACUAUGGGCGAGGUCUCCAUUACCCUGGAGGAUGUGCAUCAUCUACUAGGAUUGCCCACUGAUGGUGAGGUUGUGUCCGGGCGCCACAGACGACAUCCAUUUAGGCAGAUAAUCAGUGGCUUUUUAGGAGUUAAUCCACAGGCUAGUAGGGAUCUGUCUGGAGGUUUGUUGGGUCUCCACUUCCUACGGGAGAGGUUUCAGCAUUAUGGUGGCCACACCAACCCAUUGCACAGGGUUACCCGAGGCACAUCUAGCGGUCAACCGAGCAAGAGUUUGACCACGUUGUAA